AAGGAGUUUAAGAUUGCCCACAAAAGCGCAAAAGAAUGUCCAGAAACAUUAAACAAUUUAGGAGAUGCAUAUUAUAAGAGCGGUAAAUUUGGAAAAUCUAUUUUGAAAUAUAAACAACUCUUAGAAACAAACCCCAAUCGGACGAACGCUUGUUUUCAGUUGGGAAUGGCGUACUUAAAACUUGAAGACUACCAUAAUGCAGCUGAUGCAUUUAAGAAGGUAAUAAUACUCGAUCCCAAAAAUGUAUUAUUUUUGAAAAAACUGGCUGCCACAUACUGCCGUCAAGGCAAUAUGGAGGCGUCAGUGGAUAUGUACCAAAAAUGUUUGAACGUCAAGCCUGAGGACUUUGAUUUAAAUUUGGAACUCGCUUUAAUAUAUUUCAAUAACAUUCAAAAUUAUCAUGAAGCUGCAAUAUAUCUUAAAAAAUGUAGCGAAUUAAAUCCGGGUAGAAUUGACAUAUACAAAAAGCUUUUUGAUACAUACAGAAAAACUAAAGAUCAUUUAAAUGCGUCUGAUGCUUGCAUGUCCAUGGGAGAUUUGUAUCUGGAGAAGGAUGAUUAUGAAAAUGCAAGAAACUCAUUCUGUUGUGCGGUACUUAUGAACCCGAGGAAUGCAUUUGGUCAUUGGAAAAUGGGCCUAACAUUGUAUCAACUGGGACAUGAGGAAUUGGCUUUUAAAAAAUACAAACAUGCAAUAGCAAUACAGCCGGACAUUCCCGAUGUUUAUUGCGAUAUAGGGGUAAUAUUUGAUAAACAUGGCCUUCUUAAACAAGCCAAAGUAUUUUAUGAAAUGGCAAUCAAGUUAAGUCCAGACGACCAUGACAACGCUCGGUUGAAUUUGAUUGAUAUGUCAAUGAAAAAAUUGGAUCUUGAUGACGCUAUGACAGACAAUGAAAAGCAAUAGAAUAUGACAAUACACCUGUCAAGUAGAUGUUAAUUUGAUAUUCUACAUUUUCAAAUGACAAUAUUCCAUCCUGGUUCAAUUACUUUCAACACCAUAAAGAUUUGUCUCAACCCAGGAAGUGUUGAUGUUUUUUGUAAUAUUUAUUUACAACAAAAUAACUAAAAUCGUAAUCCUCGGUUUUAAUAUAUAAUUUUUUGAACUUGAAUGUCUGUAAAAAUAACUGUGUUUAUAUAAGUUUUAGAUUAUUAGGUUAUGGUGUGAGAUUUGUUGUUUUAAAUUUUCAAACCUUAGAUUUAAAAAUUGAACAUUUUAUAAUUUUUUAACUACUAUAAAUUUGAAAGUUUCAUAUUUUGUCAAAAUUUGAGUUAAAAUAGUUAUAAAAAAAAAUUUUUAUAUGAACAAAAAAUUCAAACAAUCGUUUGGGUUUUGAUAAUCGUUAUUGUUUUGGUUGAUAUUAGUUAAUAUGGGGUUUUAGUAAUCUGGAAAAAAAACAAAACUUUUGAAGCCUGAGCCCCCCAAAAAAAUGUCAAGUAUAAAAAAAUGUAAAAAAAAAAAAAAUGAUUUAUGUUAUUUAUAAUAAAUUAUGCAUUCCUAACACGAAUGCGCAAUUUUUGUUAUAGACCAAACUUGGUUUAUUAAUGUAUAAUAGAUACAUUUUCCUAAAAAUCCACUCGAAUUAGGACAAUGGGCAAUUAAUUACGUACCUCUUUAUUUACCACUUACUAAGUCGACGGAUAUAAGUUCACUAAUAUGUAGCUAAUAGGUAAGCCAAAGGUGCCAUAGUGGCGUUGAGACGUAGAGAAAUGAAAUAUAAUAUAAAUUAUCAUUUUGCGAUUACCGGAAAAUUAGUUAAUGUAGUCACGAAUUUCGACACGAAUUAGACAGUCCGAAGUUGUUAAAAUAGGAAGGAAAAUGUUGGUAUAUACCUAUAGUUUAAGCAGUAGGUACUCAGUACUUACUCACCAUGGACGUAAAUAGGGUACUCAAAUUCACAGGGCUUGAGCCCAAAAGGUUUCAAAAACAAAAAGAGUGGGAGACUUAUCUUCCACCCACUUUUUACACACAAUUGUAUUUGGUCUAUAUAAUACAAUUCAAAACUAUCACAAAUUAAAUGUAAAUUAAUGUAUAUAAGUAUAUUUAAUGUAAUUAAUUAAUGUCUAGUCCAAAGAUAUGUAUUUUUAUUAAAUAUUUUGUACAAAAUAUAUAUGUCACAUUUCUUUCAAUUAUAUAAUACAAAUAUGUUACCAAUUGUAACCAUUUAAA